AUGUCUGUCCGAAUUCAGAAAAAGAUUGAAGCAAAUACUAAUGUCACGCGAUGGUGAAUUUGUUCCUCCAAACAAAUCAACACAAUUUUCAUACCAAUUAACUGAGUGGCCCAAUAAAGGAAUGAUGUCUCGGAAGAGGUCAUCAUUAGGUACUGAAGGUGUACCAAACAAGCGUGUUUUGACUGAUGCCGAAUUUCGUGAUCACUUUUCUGACCUUAGUUUGGACUGCACGGCUAUAACUACUGAAACCCUCAAUCAAGUGGAGGUUUUGGGUGGCGACAGUUUGAAACAAAGCUGUUCCAAAAUGACAACAGCAGAUGAUCACAUGGACGAGUUUCUUGAUUCAGACUCCGAAGAAUCGGAAAAUAAGCCCUUUGUUUUCUCAGAAACGCUGAAACAGAAAUUAUCCGAGGAUUUGGUGUCAAUGGUGCUAAAAAGAAGUGCAUCUUCGGGUCCACCGCCGUCACCACCUAAAUCCUGGGCCAUAGUUCCCUACAUUUCACCUGACGAAAGGUUGUUAAAGUUAUUUGACAAGCCGGAAACUCAGAAGGAAUCCAAUUUAAACAAUGAAGCAGAUGAUUCGCACAGUAGCUCCUUCGCCGGCGAUGAGAGGGGAGUGAAGCAAACUGAUUCAGCGUACUCUUCAAAUGACGAAAUAGACGAUGUCGAAAUACUGGAAACAUUGGUGGAAAGUAUCGAAAAAAUGGAGUGCAGUUAAACGCAUGGCAGCCUGAAAACUUAGCAGCGCAGUGUAACGUAUUCAUGAUAAUUGCUAGAAUAGUGUUAUAGGAUGUGCUAAUUUAUCUUUUUUAAUUUAAAAGUUAUCUAUUAA